AUGUCCGUCUACCGCAUCGGCGUUGACGUCGGCGGGACGAAUACAGACGCCGCGAUUCUCGACAUUCACGCCCUCGACCAGCCCGGCCGAGGCGUGCUCGCAUCACACAAGGCGUCGACAACACCUGACAUAACGAGCGGCAUCGAGGCCGCCAUCGCCGCCAUCCUCAAGAGCUCUGCGGUUGACCAGCGCCGGGUGCUCAGCGUCACGGUUGGGACAACGCAUUUCAUCAAUGCGCUGGUCGAGGCGGAUGCCCGCAGGCUCGAUCGCGUCGCCGUCGUGAGACUGUGCGGCCCUUUCACGAGGCAGAUACCGCCCUUCUCCGGGUUUCCCGUCGGCCUUCACGGCGUCCUUGACGGUGGCGCCUACUACCUCGACGGCGGUCUCGAGAUGGACGGACGCCACAUCGCACCCCUUGGUGAGGAGCAGGUUCGUGCCGCAGCACGGGAUAUCAUGGCGUCGGGCGUCAGGGCCGUCGCCGUGGUGGGCGUCUUUUCUCCCCUGGACCACGAUGACGUCUACGAGGAGAGGUGCAGAGGCAUCCUUCGCGACGAGGCCCCCGAGCUGCGCGUCGUCUGCUCGCAAAACAUCGGCCCUACCGGCUUCCUGGAGCGAGAGAAUGCCACCAUCCUCAAUGCUGCCAUUCUGCGGACCGGCCACAAGGUCAAGGACGGCUUCAAGCGUGCCAUGAAGCGGCUCAAGCUGGGCUGCCCGCUCUAUCUCUCCCAAAACGACGGCACCCUCAUCGAUGCCGAGACCGCGGCCGACUUUCCCAUCAAGACGUUUGCGAGCGGGCCGACCAACAGCAUGAGCGGGGCUGCGUUCCUCGCCGGGCUGGACAGAGAUGGCGCUGGAAAGCUCGUUGAUUCGACCCUCCGCGCGGACGAUGCCGACGAGGCCGUCGAGCCCCAGGUUCUCGUUGUCGAUGUUGGGGGCACGACCACUGACGUCUGCGCCCUUCUGCCCUCGGGCUUUCCGCGUCAAGCACCCGGCUUUGUGGAGGUUGCUGGUGUCCGGACUGCCUUUUCCAUUCCCGAGGUCGUCUCCAUUGGCUUGGGUGGCGGCAGCAAGGUCAUGUUCGACCCGGAAUGCCCCGAGUCCGUCUUGGUCGGCCCAGCCUCUGUUGGCCACGAACUGCUGUCUCAGUCAAAGAUCUUUGGCGGCCCCACGUUGACCGCCACAGACAUUGCCGUUGCCGAAGGAAAGGCUUCUCUGGGCGAUGCGUCGCUGGUCGAGGAUGUGGCGCCGGACCUUCGCCAAGGAGGUCGAAAGGGCAUCGACGCGCUGUUGGCGACCGUCAUCGACAAGAUGAAGGUGUCGACGGCGCCCGUCCACGUGCUCCUCGUUGGCGGCGGUUCAAUCUUGGUGCCGGAUCGAAUCGCGGGCGUUGACAAAUGCAUCGAGCCCAUCCAUCGCGGCGCGGCCAACGCAGUUGGUGCCGCCAUUGGCAAGAUUUCCGGCGAAGUCGACACCGUUGAGAUUCUCGAGGGUAAAGACGAGAAGGCGCUCAUUGCCGCGGCCUGCCAAAAGGCGACGGACCAGGCCAUUGCCAAGGGGGCCAGGCCGGACGAUGUCAGGAUUGUCGAGGUGAACAAGAUGCCUCUCCAGUACAUGUCGCAGGUGACGAUCCGGAUCCAAGUCAGAGCCGUGGGCACUCUCGCAGUCCCCGACGAGGCAACGUUGUUCGAGGCGUCGGCGCAAGGUGACGGCGCGAGUGGCGAAGACGACGACGGCCACGACGAAGGAGAAAAGGUCGGCGUUCCCAAUGCCCUCCACCCGACGACGAAACCUUCCCUGGGUGUCGAUCUGGCUACCUAUCGCCCACACGUGCGAGGCGGCACGUGGUACCCGUCGGAUAUCGACCUUGAACUCAUCUCAACGGGCUGUGCCAUCCUGGGGACCGGUGGCGGCGGCCCAACGUACUAUGAGUAUCUGAAGAGCCUGCAAUGCCUGCGCAGCGGCGCGAGGGGCCGCAUGCGGAUUGUCUCUCCCAAGUCGUUGAAAGACGAUGCGGUCAUAUGCCUUGGCACAUGGUACGGGAGUCCGAGCGUGAUUAAUGAACGCAUCGCCGCUGGCAAUGAGAUUGUUGAUGCCAUCAAGGCCGUCAACAAAAUCCAGCGCAUUGAGAGUUUUGAUGCCGUGCUUGCUGAUGAGGUCGGUGGUGGAAACGGUCUCUCGGCCCUUCCCGUUGGCGACUAUUUCGACGUUCCCGUCGUGGAUGCCGACGGCAUGGGCAGAGCAUAUCCAACAAUGUACCACAUCACAUUCAGCGUAUAUGGCCACAAGAUGACUCCCGCAGUCAUCACCGAUGCCCGCGGAAACGCGGUUGUUGCCAUGGGCGUCGACAGCGCGAAGCGCCUCGAGACGAUUUGCCGCAACGCCGCCGUAGAGCUCGGCCUCGCCUGUGCCUGCGGUACAAACCCCAUCUCGGGCGAGAUGGUCAAGACGAUUGCGGUGCCCAACACGCUGUCCCAAAGCUGGUAUUUGGGCCGUGCCGUGCAUCAAGCCAGGCGAGCAAAGACAAGCUACACGGACGCAAUCUUCGACGUCUGCGCCGGCAGGGUGAUAUUCACGGGCAAGAUUGUCGAUGUGCAACGCCACCUCGGCGGCGGCUACACCAUGGGCGCCGUCGUGAUCGCCCCCUUUACGGAUGACGAGCGCGAAGCCGAGCCCAGGACGGUCAGACAGCGCCCCGGGCCCGACAAGCACAUGGUCGUCCCCUUCCAGAACGAGUUCCUGUACGCCGCGCUCUGCGACGGGGUGGGAUCCCAGGAGUCGCAGCAGGUCGUUGCCACCGUGCCGGAGCUGAUAUCGAUCCUGGGCCACGACGGCGAGGCCAUCGGCUCGCAGGACCUGAGGUUCGGCCUCCGCGUCAACGUCAUCGCGCUCCCCGCCCACCCGUUGUGGAAGACGGAAGAGGGCAUGGCCGUCGGCGGCCCUGCAGGCUUCGGGCUGAACAUGGAGCCGGUUGAUGGCGGAAUCCCGUUCACCGAGGCGCGCAGCGUCAUUGACGAGUUCGAUGCGUGA